UCUGACCUUGACGUUGGUGACCAAAUAUAUACUGUAUAAUUGAUUUAUCACCUGAUAUAUAACACUGGGGAUUUAUUGAUAUUAAUUUUACUGGUAUAGGUAUUGAUGCUAAUGAACUAUGUCAGUGUAGUGUAAUAAAGGAAUGCUGAUGAGUAAUGGCCAUGAUACGAAAACAACGUAUAAAAAAAAAAUGGAAUAAAAGUAAGUCACAAACGGAACUUAAGGCACAAUCCUGUCCUCUUAAAUCAAUGAUUAGUCUUCCAUCAUUUGCCUUUCUUUUGACAUCAGACGUAGGUAGUUGCCGUGGCCAGGGAAAUCCACCAUAAUCUAAAAACGAGAUGACACAAGACAUCGAAGGGAUUCCAAGAUAUUCAGGCAACGAGUAUUCUCGGAGCUUCUGUUUCGAUUAAUUGCUGCGUCAUGUCUUUCCGCAUCCAACAGGUAGCGGCGUCCCGCACUCAUUAAGCAAACACGGGAGUUCAGCACGCCAUUAUAUUAAAGCUGGGACGAGCGAGGAGUCUGCAGUCAGGGAAGUACUGUCUCCAGCACACACACAGGCAGCGUCUGGAGAUUUUACCGGAAAUUUAAGGUUUCUUCAUUUUCUAAACGAAAAGGAGAUGCACAAAAAUGUGUUAGUAUGGAUGAUAGUGGCAGGGACGCUCGCCACGGCCCUCGCCCUCCCUCAUCCAGCAAGAAAACCACGAGGACUUCUGGCUGUGGCAGGAGUGUCCAAGACCAGCCCUGCCUGUGAUGCGUGCGGACAAGGCUCUGGGCACUACCCUGGGGAUGGCCACAACCACGGGCACUUCCCUGGGGAUGGACACAAUCACGGACACUUCCCUGGGGAUGGGCACAACCACGGAGCAUCAGGGUCCUAUUCAGGGUCCGCGAGUGGUUCCCUCAGUGGUUCGGGAACGGGGAGUGGCUCGGGUUCAGGGAGCGGAUCUUGGAGUGGCUCUGCGAGUGGAUCAGGAUCUGGCUCUGGGUCGGGGUCCUUCAGCGGUUCUUGGAGUGGUUCUGCAUCAGGAUUCUCUCGCCAUAGACGAUCCGGCGGGUUCGGAUCCUGGUCUGGAGGUUCCACGUCGAAUAAGCCUGGAUCUGGCAACAAUGGAGGCUUCUGGAACAAUGGCGGUUCUACUUCUAACAAACCAGGAUCUGGCAACAAUGGAGGUUCUUGGAACAACGGCGGUUCUACUUCUAACAAGCCUGGUUCUGGCAACAAUGGAGGUUCCUGGAACAACGGCGGUUCUACUUCUAACAAGCCUGGUUCUGGCAACAAUGGAGGUUUCUGGAACAACGGCGGUUCUACCUCUAACAAACCAGGAUCUGGCAACAACGGAGGCUUCUGGAACAACGGCGGUUCUACUUCUAACAAACCCGGUUCCUAUCGCCCUGGGAGAUCGGUUCCACAGAGAACAACCAGAGAAGCUGAAAAACUGAAAUCCAAGUUAUGUCCACUUUGCGCUCUGGGCAAUCUUGCGUCAGGAAGCGGUUCGGUUAGCGGUUCCUGGAGUGGUUCAGCAUCGGGAAGCGCCUCAGGAUCUGGCUCUGGUUCAAUUAGUGGUUCUUGGAGUGGUUCUGGUUCUGGCAGUGGGUCAGGAUCAGGAUCUGGAUCUGCCAGUGGGUCGUGGAGUGGUUCUGGUUCAGGAGGAUCGGGCAGCGGUUCAGGUUCAAUCAGUGGUUCCUUGGGAGGCAAUGGUGGAGGAUCCGUUAGUGGUUCGGGAUCAGGUUCAAUAUCCGGAAGUGGCUCAGGCAGCGGUUCAGGAUCUGGUUCCAUUUCUGGAGGCGGUUCGGGAUCUGGUUCAGGAAGUGGUUCAUGGGGCGGUUCAGGAAGUGGUUCAGGAUCUGGUUCCAUUUCUGGAGGCGGUUCGGGAUCUGGUUCAGGAAGUGGUUCAUGGGGCGGUUCAGGAAGUGGUUCAGGAUCUGGUUCCAUUUCUGGAGGCGGUUCAGGAAGUGGUUCAGGAAGUGGUUCAGGAUCUGGUUCCAUUUCUGGAGGUGGUUCAGGAUCUGGCUCAGGAAGUGGUUCAUGGGGAGGUUCCGGUAGUGGUUCAGGAUCAGGUUCUAUUUCUGGAGGCGGUUCAGGAUCUGGUUCCAUUUCUGGAGGCGGGUCAGGAUCUGGUUCAGGAGGUGGUUCAUGGGGCGGUUCAGGAAGUGGUUCAGGAUCUGGUUCCAUUUCUGGAGGCGGGUCAGGAUCUGGUUCAGGAGGUGGUUCAUGGGGCGGUUCAGGAAGUGGUUCAGGAUCUGGUUCCAUUUCUGGAGGCGGUUCAGGAUCUGGUUCAGGAGGUGGUUCAUGGGGCGGUUCAGGAAGUGGUUCAGGAUCUGGUUCCGUUUCUGGAGGCGGUUCAGGAUCUGGUUCAGGAGGUGGUUCAUGGGGCGGUUCAGGAAGUGGUUCAGGAUCUGGUUCCAUUUCUGGAGGCGGUUCAGGAUCUGGUUCCAUUUCUGGAGGCGGUUCGGGAUCUGGUUCAGGAAGUGGUUCAUGGGGCGGUUCAGGAAGUGGUUCAGGAUCUGGUUCCAUUUCUGGAGGCGGUUCAGGAUCUGGUUCAGGAAGUGGUUCAUGGGGCGGUUCUGGUAGUGGUUCAGGAUCUGGUUCCAUUUCUGGAGGCGGUUCAGGAUCUGGUUCCAUUUCUGGAGGCGGUUCAGGAAGUGGUUCAGGAGGUGGUUCAUGGGGAGGCUCUGGUAGUGGUUCAGGAUCAGGUUCCAUUUCCGGAGGCGGUUCAGGAUCUGGUUCCAUUUCCGGAGGCGGUUCAGGAAGUGGUUCAUGGGGAGGUUCAGGAAGUGGUUCAGGGUCUGGUUCCAUUUCUGGAGGCGGUUCAGGAUCCGGUUCAGGAAGUGGUUCAGGAAGUGGUUCAUGGGGAGGUUCAGGAAGUGGUUCAGGAUCAGGUUCCAUUUCCGGAGGCGGUUCAGGAAGUGGUUCAUGGGGAGGUUCAGGAAGUGGUUCAGGAUCAGGUUCCAUUUCCGGAGGGGGUUCCGGAAGUGGUUCAUGGGGAGGCUCAGGUAGCGGAUCAGGUUCAGUAUCCGGAGGCGGUUCAGGAAGCGGUUCGUGGGGAGGUUCUGGCAGUGGUUCAGGAAACUGCCCUGGCUCGUGCGGUUCUGGCCAUCAGGUGGGGGGGAGCGGCGGUGGAGUCGCAGGCGCCGGCAGCGGUUCCUACUCCAAUAAGCCAGGUGUCGGCGGUUCGGGACACCAGGUGGGCGGCAGCGGCGGAGGUUUCGGAGGCGCCAGCGGGACCUCGUGGAGCACAGCCGGGGCCUUUGGUUCCAACGGCGCCAGAGGUGUCGGGGUCAAGGUGGAUGUCAGGAGCAGCUAGGACGAUGAUGACCUGUGCUGACCUGACCUGGUUGCGGUGAAAGACGGGCGUGGCAUUCCGUCAGAGGAUUUCUAUGUUCUAUGUCAUCAAAUGUAAUUUUGUCUCUGAGUUUUGUGUUUCCCUAUGUAACU